CUCCCGCCGGGCCCCGCGGCAUGCCGGGAUCUCGGGGCAGGCGGCGCGCGACCCGGCGGGCGGGCGCCCGGCGGCGGUGCCGAGCGCGGCCCCGUCCCUGCCCGCUGGUCCCCGGAGGAGACGCAGCCCCGCGGCCCUUACCCGAGCGAGCGGGAGGGGGGCGAAACCGACCACGCGCCGGCUCCCCGCCACCGCCUUUGAACCACCGCCUGCUGCCGCGGAGAGGCGGCUCCGCGGGCUCCCCGGCAACGGGCGGAUUCCGGCCUCCGCGAACGAGGGCCCGGGCGGGACGCCGUCGGGCGCCUGAUUGGCCGGCCGCGCGGGGCCGCGCCUCGCUCAGACCCGGGAAGGGGCCGGGCGGGAAAGCCAGCUGUGGCCGGCGCGGAUUGGUGGAAGGAACCGGGACUGACACGCCUCUCCUCGACGUUGGUGGGCUGCAGUUGGAAUUGAUCACACCUUUUCAGUUGUACUUCAAUCCUGAAUUAAUCUUUAAACACUUUCAAAUAUGGAGGCUAAUCACCAAUUUCUUAUUUUUUGGUCCGGUUGGAUUCAAUUUUUUAUUUAACAUGAUUUUUCUAUACCGUUACUGUCGAAUGCUAGAAGAAGGCUCUUUCCGAGGCCGAACGGCAGAUUUUGUAUUUAUGUUCCUUUUUGGUGGAUUCUUAAUGACUCUCUUUGGGCUGUUCGUGAGUCUGGUUUUCCUGGGCCAGGCCUUCACCAUAAUGCUCGUGUACGUGUGGAGCCGAAGGAACCCGUACGUCCGCAUGAACUUCUUCGGCCUUCUCAACUUCCAGGCCCCCUUCCUGCCGUGGGUGCUCAUGGGCUUCUCGCUGUUGUUGGGGAACUCUGUCAUCGUGGACCUCCUGGGCAUCGCGGUUGGACACAUCUACUUUUUCUUGGAAGACGUAUUUCCCAAUCAGCCUGGUGGAAUCAGAAUUCUGAAAACGCCAUCUGUCUUGAAGGCUAUUUUCGAUACGCCAGAUGAGGAUCCAAAUUACAAUCCGCUACCCGAAGAGCGGCCCGGAGGCUUCGCGUGGGGCGAGGGCCAGCGCCUCGGCGGUUAGAGCAGCAGCGCCGCUAACGGGACCGGCUGGGAAGGACUCGGUGACACACCCGCGGGGGUCGUUUUAUCCUUUGUGUUGCAAAAGCGUGGACACUUGGCGGCUUGGCAGAGCUCAACUCCAGAAG